AUAUACAGCCAUUGCUCGCCUUGCGUCGGUCAUGGUGGAUCGGUCUUCAUUCCGCCGAACCAUGCCGUGAUCGGCAUCCCACAUCACAACAUCGCAGCAUCACAUCAUCAACGAUGGGCGACAACUCACAGCCCGUUCAGGCGGCACCGCCACCACCGCGCAACCUCCGCUCCCCGCUAGACAGCUAUGCGCCGUCGCGCCGCGAGCCCCUCCUCCCCUCCUCGCUAAGUCCGCGCCAAGCGCGAGCGAGCUACUGGACGCUGCUGUGGUUCCCGGUCGUCAUCAUUCUCUGCGUCCUCUUCACAGAAUAUGCAUGGCCCACGCUGGAAUUCCCCAUGCCGCCGGAUGAGCGGCCUUCAUCUCCUGCGCGCCCCUCGGCUUCAGUGGACGGGUCCUCGCCCCUCGAUUCCAUCCUCUGGAAACGCUGCAUCGACCUCCUGCCCGUCCCGAAGGGAGUUUAUGCCGGCCGCCUGGACCGCCUCGUUGCUCAGCUGAACAAGGCGCACCCGGCCGUAUGGGUUGCCGAGCCGGGCGCGAGCGUAGAGUACCUCCUCGGUGCCUUCGGGGCGGGCUCGUGGUCGCCGAGCGAGCGGCCGUUCCUCGUCGCCGUCGCGUCUACCAAUAACAAGCCAGAGGUUAUCAUCCUAACGCCGCGGUUCGAGGAGGCGCGGGCGCGCCAGCGAGAGAUUUCCGGCGAAGUGAAUGUGCGCUGGCUGCCCUGGGCCGAGAGCGAGUCGCCGUACGCGGUGCUCAUGCGCGAUGUGGGGCGCGACCGCGCGCUCAUCGUCGACGGCGCGGUGCGCACGUUCAUCUCAGACGGGCUCCGCACCGCGAGCCACUCUAAAGAUGCCGAUACGUCCAAGGUGGUCGCUGCUGUGCGUGCCCUCCGCGAAAUCAAGGAGGAGCGGGAGAUCGAGCUCAUGCGCUGCGCCAACGCUUUCACAUUGCACGCCAUCCGCCAGACCCGAGCCAAGAUGCACAUCGGCAUCAGCGAGAGCGCGACGCGCACGAUCCUCUACGACGAAAUGAAGUACCUCGGACUGGGUGACUACGGCGCGCUCGUCCUCUUCGGCGAAAAUGCCGCUCUCCCACAUGGAAGCGGCACCGACCGCUUCCUCCAGGCAGACGAGCUGGUGCUCAUCGACGCAGGCGGCAAGUGGGGUGGCUACGUCAGCGACAUAACGCGCACUUUCGCGCUGCCGGGCAGCGCGAUCAGCGACGAACACCGCGAAGUGUGGGAGAUUGUGCGUCGCGCCCAGCUCGCCCCCGCCAGCCUCUUGCGAUUGCUGGAGCUGGCGGACCGGCCGCAGUACUCGUGGCUGGACGACCGGGCGCGCGAGACGAUCAAGAAGGGCAUGGCGGCGCACGGCGUGCCCCCCGCCCGCGACCCGGAUUACACGACGUUCACGCACCGUCUGGGACACGGGAUCGGGCUCGAGGGCCACGAGAGCCCGUACGCCGUCCAGGGCGAUGCGGGUGACCGCCUCGUCCUCCCCGGCCACACGUUGACGUUCGAGCCCGGCGUGUACAUUCCCAAGGGGAGCGAGGUGGGGGAUAAAGACGUGCGCGGGCUCGGCGUGCGCCUCGAAGAUGUCGUGGUUAUUCGCGAGGAUGGCCAGGGCCGUUUGCGCGCCGAGUGGCUCACGGGGCCUUAUAGUCCAGCCCAGCCUUCCACCAACAAGACCAACACCAACACUAGUGGUGAAACGGUAUCAUUCAUGCUUGCCAUGCAUGAGGCAGGGGUUCGACUCCCUUCUAGUGUACAGUUGGCUUCAAUGGCAGCAAACGACGGCCGCGGCGUCACAUCCUACACCUACAACGCCGAUGGGAGCGUGACGCACAAGAGGGGUUCAGGAAGACUAGACGCCCCUCUGAGCGUAGAGGAGGCCGGGGAUGAGGUGUGGCGUACCGCCGCCGGCACUGAGGCCUACCUCGUCCGCAAGCUCGCGCAUCACGAGUACACCAACGCCGCGCUAGAUGCGGCGCAGGCGCGCGCAGACGAGGAAGGUAUGCCGCGAAUCGCCAUCCCAAAGAUGCUGGGGCAAAUGCUGGCAAUCUUGGCCAAGAGCAUGCGCGCCGAGCGUGUGCUAGAAAUCGGGACGCUUGCAGGUAUCUCCACACACUACCUCGCCACUGCCCUGCCGGCACACGGCCAGAUCGACACUAUUGAGGCGUCUCCAGCCCACGCCAAAGUCGCGCAGGCUAACUUCCUCGCCAUGGACACCUGCCCCUUUCCCACCACACAUGUCGGGAAGGCGCUCAAACUUCUCCGCGAUCCCGCAGGGCCAUUCAAGGACCCGCCUGGAACUAUGGAGGGCAUGCCGGAGCCAGGCUACGACCUUGCAUUCGUCGACGCUAACAAGGACGAGUACUUUGAGUACUUCCAAGAAUGUUUGAGGCUGGUACGGAAGGGCGGCGUCAUGGUGUUCGACAACGCCAUCCGAAAUGGACGCAUAGCUGUGCCUGAUGGCACCAAGGUCGACCCAGAUUGUUCGGGCUUGCGCAAGAUGUACGACUGGAUAGAGAAGGACGGUGGUAAGACUGUGCUUGCGAGCGCGAUCCAGACGGUGGGGGACAAGAGCUGGGAUGGUUUCGCGAUCGUGUACAAGCUCUAG